AUGCCAGCUUUUGGUUUUAUAGUUUGUAUUGUUGUUUUCACGCGGCGUGCAGGUUUUUGCGUGCAGUUAAGCGCACCUUCGGGCGGUAGCUUUGUUCGAACUAAACAGCUUAACGUAAGGCUUCUUGCUGGAGAUUGCUUGAUGGAUAAAUCACUUAGAUGCCAAAGAUUCCACCUGGAUGGGUGGCAUUCUGUCAUCCUUCUUGACAGCGAAAAAACACUGAAUCUCAUGAAAUUCAUUGUCAAACUUUCCAGAUAUUACACUGCUUGCUUCACAGAUGUUGCUUAUGACACACGUGAGGUUGAUUUGGAGCAUCACUUGUUUCUCCAGCAGAAAUGGCCACGAAGAGGACUGCGGUGGCGUGGAUCCGUUUUGUUACAUUUUUCGGAAGUCUAA